AUGGAGGACCUCCCCGAGGAAAUCCUCAUUGAUAUUCUCGACUACCUUGACCCCGAGGAAUUGAUAUCAGCCCAACGAACUUGCCGGGCUUUAUCCAGGUCAGCACGAGCCAAUCCUUUGUGGAGAUACAAAUGCUUCGAGAAAUCCCCCAGUGCCUCUAUGAGAAAUGGCGCUGGGACAUUGAGUACCCUUACUGCUGCACUACAAAGUCUGACCAUAUCAGAGCCACCUCCUCCACCUCAGGUCAUGGCAGGGAAUCCCCAUGGUGGGGAAUAUUUAUAUCGAGAGAGCCCGAGAGCUCGAGCCGUCAAUCGGUGGGAUCUCUCCGCCAAGGAUGAACAGGUCGACUGGUAUUCGGAAUAUAAAGGGAGAUGUGCUCCAUUAAGCACCGACUGGCUUGUCGAUGGUCCACCAAGCAACUUGGAGGUCAAAGGCGUUGCAACUCUGCAUGGCUCCGGUAAAGCCGUGGGCUACUUGGAGGACUCCAGUGUCUGCCUUUGGGAUCUGGACCAAGGUGCGUCAGGGAGAAGACAGUUUCGAGAACUGGGACGAAGCCAACCCUCCGCACUCUUCGCCGAUGCCGUUCAGCCCGGCGAGUCUUUGAUUGUCGACGGCAUAAGCACAUUCCCGGCGCAGCAAAAAGGAUUCGUCGCCAUCGGGAAUGUUCUAAACGAGGUUGACCUCAACAUUCUCAGGGUGGUAUCACAUUCCAAAUAUGCCUUCCCCAUAACUGCCUUGUCUCAGUCGAGCUCUCCAGAACUGCCCCUCACGGUAGGCACCCAAUGGAGCCUCCACAUCCUCGACCCGCGAAUUCAAGUCGGCCCUUCGACUCCGUCUUUGGGCGAACACGUGGAGGAAGUUCCAGCUGCACCAGGAAGCUCAACCGCCUUUCUCCCUGACCUGUCUGGAAAUUCAGCUCUGUUAUCAUCCACCUUUGGAAUUACAUCGCAAUGCUUAGCCAAUCCUGACCCAUCUAUUUUCCGCCCGGGUUCACCUAGUUGGCGACCAUCCCACCGUUCUCCAAAUUCAUACAGGAUGACGUAUGCGCGUGUCGAGCCUGGACCGUUGUCAAUUCUCCACCACGCCGAAAACGAGAUCCUCAUCGGAGGUAGGUUUCCUAGCAUUCUAUCUUACGACCGUCGGUAUUUUCCUCGUCUUCAAUAUGUCAUACACUCCAGCGCCAGUCUAUCGGCUCUCACAUCCAUCCCUUAUCCACCAGCAGGAGCUUCCCCCAAUGUCCGCGGCACAUCCACCCUCAUCGCGUGCGGUGAAUACCGAGGUCGUGGAUCUCUAGAACUUUACUCUCUUCCUCAUGUCAAAUCGGGCCAAAGACCCCCAGGUGGUCAAGACCCGGCCAACAGCCAGAACCCAUCAGAUGACGAUGGAUGGGACAUCGGCAGCAUCAGAAGUCGCGGUCGAGGUUCCGACGACAGCCUCUUCAGUUACAAGAACCGCCAGGAUGCAGCGAAAUCGAAACUCCUUUCCGUCGUCGCCCAGGGCACCAAGAUCGUCUUCUCCGAUUCCGAAGGCGGCUUGAAAUGGGUCGAGCGCGACGGCCAUAGCCUCGUUCGUCGAUGGAACAUUAACAGCUACCAGCUAAACCAAGCCGGCGCCGCUAUUGGCGGCGACCAGGUCGCUCGGAAAAUCAUCCCACUCAACGAACCCGACUCGGAGCGUGGUCACCGCGGCGACGCAGACCUGCUGAUCUGGACGGGCGAGAAGAUCGGGAUUGUGACGACGAAUCCGCAAUUUGCGGACCAUGAAGAAUUGGUCAGGGAGCUGGAAGGGGGUGAGAAACUGAAAGAAAAGGAAGAGAGAGAAAAGACAGAGGAAUAUUCAAAGACUAUGCGACGGGCGUUGGAACGGCAGGCAGACGAGAGAAGGUGGAUGAGCCAGUUCCGACUGAAGAGGAGAGAUUUCUAA